UACGUCUUCGUUUAGAAAGUAGAUUAAUUUGAGAUGAAUAUUCAUUUAUCUCUAUUACUUUUAACUUUGAUAAUCAAGAAUUUAGCGGAAAAAAUCAAUUUGGAUACUUUGAACAACUACAGCGAAUUCUUGAAUUUUGGUGAUAAAAAGCUACACAAAGUCAACAGAGAUCGUUUGGAGAAUGAGAUAUUCAAAUCGAAAAUUGAUGUACUGGGUGAAGUGUUCAAGAACAGCGUGGAUCUUUUUAAAAUUUCUUCCAAAUUGGACAUCGUGUUUUUGAUAGAUGCUUCCUCCAGUGUUGGCGAACACAAUUUCAAGAGUGAAUUGAAGUUUGUGAAGAAGUUACUCAGUGAUUUAACUGUGGACUAUAAUCAUACGAGAGUUGCUGUGGUUACUUAUAGCUCACCCAGUAACAUAGUUAAAAAUAUUGACGAAAUCGGGGAGGCAUCAAGAGAGAACAAUAAGUGUUUAUUACUGAACAAACAGUUGAACAACAUAAGCUAUAAGGGAGGAGAAACUUUUACAUUGGGAGCUUUCAAAACGGCUAAGGAAAUUUUUGAUUCAUCAAAUAGAAACGAUUCAAAGAAAGUGAUAUUUUUGAUAACAGAUGGAUAUUCGAACGGAGGAGACCCAACACCCAUAGCUGAAGAAUUAAAAAAAGGUCUGAUCACCAUAUUCACCAUAGGAAUACAAAACGGAAACUUCAAAGAGUUGUACGAAGUAUCUUCUUCACCUGGAGAGUACUACAGCUACUUACUAGAUAGCUAUUAUGAAUUCGAGAGCUUAGCCAGAAGAGCUUUACAUGUUGAUCUUAAAAGUGGUGACUACAUUCCUCUAGGAUUCAAUAAACCUUGUGACAUUUUAUGUGAAGAAGGGGAUUGCUGCGAUCAAAAAGCGCUUUGUACCUGUGGAACUACCACUGGGCAUUACUCUUGCAUCUGCCAACCUGGAUAUUAUGGAUCUGGACUCAAGAAUAACUGUUUUCCGUGUAUACCUGGAACCUAUUCAGAUGGGCCAAAUUUAUGCUUACCAUGUCCAGAUCAGCUUCAUACCACGAUAGCUCCAGCUCUUGGUAUGGAAAGUUGCGUAUGCAAAGAAGGUUAUCGGGCUACCAAAAAUAAUGGUUGCAAAGAGUUGAAAUGUCCAAAAAUAACGAAUCCAGAACAUGGGUACUACGUGAAGAGGGGACACUGUCCAAAUGUGAUCUAUAGUGCUUGUGGGAUACGCUGCGAAGUAGGCUAUUCUCUGAAAGGGACCAGUAUAAGGUUGUGCGAGAAAAAUGGAACUUGGAGUGGAAUUGAACCAGUUUGUGAAAUUCGUACUUGCAAUCGAUUAGAAAUUCCAAAGGAUGGAAAAAUGACAUGUAGUCAUCCAGAUCUAGGCGAAAAAUAUGAUAACACCCAGAAAAAAUUUCCUGUAGAUGCAGUAUGUACUUUUGGAUGUCCUGAAGGAAAAAUAUUGAUAGGAUCCAAACAAAGAACAUGCCUUCCAAUUGCUAGAUGGGAUGGACUCAGGACUUUGUGCAAACCCAUAAAAUGCAAGAAGCUUCCCCAAGUGAAAUACGGAAACAUUGAACCAAAUUCGUGUAAAACGGGAAAGCAAGAAUUUGGUAAGACUUGUAAAAUCACGUGUAAUGACGGUUUCAAUCUACGCGGGCCGUCAGAAAAGAAGUGUAUCGGGCCUCAUGGGGCCUGGGAUAGUAAAUUUGAAGAUACAUUAUGUUCUGAUGUAACACCUCCUGAAGUAAUUUGUCCUGAAGAUAUAGUGUCUAAUUCUUUACCUUUGGAGAGGUUUGGAUAUGUUUCCUGGAAUCCACCAAAUAUAACAGAUAAUUCUGGUUUGAAUGUCACCUCAUGGAUGAAACCAGCUAUAGAGAAUAUAACAAUGUUCAAUUUUGAAAUAGGCACAACACUGGUAACAUAUUAUGUGCAGGAUGCUUUCCAAAAUACAGCUAACUGUUCUUUUCACGUUACAAUCAGAGAUAAAGAACCACCCAGUAUAGAAAAUUGUAUUGAUCCUCCGCCAUAUUUAACUGGCGAUGAAAACGGUGCAAAUAUAACAUGGGAUGAACCAAAUAUCUUUGAUAAUUCCCAAAGUGUUAUGGUGAUACGAUCUCACCAAUCAAGUUACUUUACUGUAGGAACAACGACAGUAACUUACACUGCUACUGACUAUUCUAAUAACACGAAUACCUGUAAAAUUAACAUUACUGUGGAAGUUUCUCAUUGUGAGUCUUUACCAGACCCACCGAAUGGGCACAGUGAAUGUAUGAAUCAUUCAAAUGGAAUUCAGUGUCUGAUUACUUGUGAGGAAGGUUAUGCCAUUCCUAUAAGUCAAAGUUAUGAUCAAAAUGGGACCAACUUUAUUUGCAGUCAUGCAGAUCCAAUUUGGUACAUACAAGAAGGCCUAUUUCCAGAAUGUACAGUUACAAAAAUUCCUGAGGAAACUAUUCAGAGUGGAGAAAUCAGCAUUGAAAACGUGAACUGUACUGAAGGAGAUAACAUGGAAGAGUUAGAAAACGAGGUCAGAGUAAUGAUCACUACCGAAAUAUGCAUUGGCAACUGCACAUUGGAAACGGAAACAGAAUGUGAAGUAGAGAAAGAGGAAGAAGAAUCGAACAAAAUAAUGUCUAAACGUGAAAUAGUUUUCGAAGAAGUUCCCCACAGGAACAGAACGAAGAAGCAUAGACGGAAAUUCAAUGUUAAAUUCCAAGUCAAAGGAAAAUACCUCAAUGAAACCAGUAACAUAACACACUCCGUUUUGCCUAGCGGUUAUAAUGUUUCCAUUCAUUAUAAAGAGCUGAAAUUUAUUUGUCCUAGUGGAUUCAUUCCAAGAAAAAAUAGAUGUGUACAAUGUCCCAAAGGUACAUUCCAUAACGCGACAACACACAAGUGCCAGAGUUGUCCUUUUGGGUACUUCAAUAACAAAUUAGCUCAAACUGAAUGUACCUCUUGUCCAUUGAACUUCUCUACCAGAAAAAUGCACUCAAAAACGAUGAGAGAUUGUGAAGAACAAUGUUCUCCUGGCACCCAUGCAAGAAAAAAGAAAUUGAAGUUUUCGAAGCGUCAGCCAAAAGUUACGAUCGUAAGGACAACUUUGAAGCCCUAUUGUCGGUCAUGUGGAGUUGGAUAUUACCAGCCCGACUAUGGUCAAUUGAAGUGCAUUCCUUGUCGACCUGGUUACACUACAACCAGCGUGAGAUCGACUAGUAUCUAUCAAUGUAUUCCGAUAUCAGAAGAGAUUUGUAGGACCAAAAAUGUUUGUAUCCACGGAAUUUGUGCUCCCACGAACUAUUAUCAUUACACGUGUCACUGUUCACACAACUAUAUAGGUUCUUAUUGUGAGAAAGCAAUUAAUUUUUGUGAUUCCCAACCAUGUCUCAAUGGUGGUAUUUGCACUAACCUGGCCAGCGGUUGUAGCUGUACCUGUAGAAAUGGUUUCAAAGGAACUUUCUGUGAAGACGCCAUUGAAGACUGUGAGAGCAAGUGCUUGAACAACGGAGUUUGUAUCCAGGAUGAUAUCGGAAACUUCACAUGUGGGUGUAAUGAUGGCUAUGGAGGAGAAUUUUGUGAGAUUAAGGUGAGACCAUGUGAUGAGAAUACGUGUGACAAUAAUGCCACCUGUAUUGAAGAAAAUGGUACGUUCAGGUGCCUUUGUAUAAACGGAUUUAUCGGUAAAAGAUGCAAUUUACUCCCAUGUGACUAUCGACCAUGUAAAAGUAAUGAAAUCUGUCUCGAUUUAGCUGAUACAAAUUCAACAAGAGGCAGCUUUAGGUGUGAGUGUCCUGAAGGUUACACAGGGGAAAAUUGCAUGGAAAAAAUUGAUUUUUGUGUGAGUUCCCCUUGUUUGAAUGGAGGUUCUUGUACGAACAAUUUAACCGACUAUAUUUGUGAAUGUUCUAAUCUGUAUUAUGGACCAAUCUGCGAAAAUAAAAGAAAUACAAAGUAUUUGCUGAAUUUUGAACAUUAUGACACAAAUAACUAUAUCAAGCUGAGAGGUUUCACACAGAAUAUUACCGAGAUGACUGCCUGUUUAUGGAUGAUAACUUUAGACAACUUCAACUAUGGAACACUCAUUUCAUAUGCUACUAGACAAGCGGACAAUGCUUUCACAAUCACUGACUAUACUGGAUUAGUACUAUACGUUAAUAAUAACUACAUUAUUACUGAUGUGUUCUUGAAUGAUGGAGGUUGGCACCACUUAUGUAUAACAUGGAAAAGUUUGAAUGGUUCUUAUGCGGUAUACGUGGAUGGAAAAUUAGAAAAGGCUGGUUUCGGAUUAUCAUCAGAAACAAAUAUUCAAGGUAUGGGCCAUAUGAUAAUAGGUCAGGAGCAAGACAAUCUCGGUGGAAAGUUCAGUCAAAGCGAAACUUUCAUAGGAAAAAUGGCUUACGUUGAUAUCUGGUCGAAAGCUUUGGACUACAGAGGAAUUAUGACGCAUUUCAACGAUUGCAAUGAAUCUUUUUUUGGCGAUUUAUAUGCUUGGCCGGUAAUGCAAGAUUACAUUCAAGGAAGCGUAACGGUGGUGGCUUCAUCUUUUUGUAAAGGUUGUGAACAGCCCAAACCUUUGUAUAACGGUUUAAUCGAUAUUGUAGACAACAUUGCUUAUUAUUCUUGUUACAAAGGGUACCAACUGAACGAUCUCACGUAUUUGAAAGGAAGAAAAUGCACUAAAGUCUCAAAAUGGGAAGGAUUAUAUGAACCCUAUUGCAAAAAAAUUUACUGUGGAUAUCCUGGUUUCCUAAGAAAUGGUUACUCAAUUGGUAACAAAUAUUUCUAUCAAGAUAAAAUACUUUUCAGUUGCUUUGAUGGUUUCAAUCUUACUGGAAAUAACUUGAUAUCUUGUAGAGAAGACGGUAAAUGGUAUCCAGAAAAACCAACAUGUCUGGGCAUCCAAUGCACUGCUUUCCAAAAACCGAAAAACAGUGAGCUGAUAAUAAUAUCUGAACACAGCUAUGAAGACUACAGAGUAAACCAGACAAAGUUCGAUAUUGGAACUCAAAUUGAGAUAGUUUGCAAUGAGAGGGCUAAUCUGACGAAUGAAAAUGUACUAACAUGUUUAGAAAACGGUACUUGGGAUAACGAGCCACCCAUAUGCCGUUCGAAAGAAGAACCAGCGGUUCCGAAAUCAGAGUGUCCCAUAGCUCAAAUACCCAAACCUCCGAAUAACGGUUUUAUUGACCAGGAUUCUUUGUAUGCAGUCGGAAAUGGUACUUCCAAUCAUGUCGAAUAUAGAUGUAAACCCGGAUUUAAACUUUAUGGGGAAAACGUAACGACAUGCAUUAUCGAUGGAUACUGGUCAGAGCCCAAUAUUUCUUGUAACGCAAUUGUUUGUGGAAAUCCCCCUGUCUUCAGAAAUAUGAUGAUUAAGGAAAAUUUGAAAAAAUCAUCUUACAAAUUUGGUAAUAUGUUGUCUUAUGUGUGUGAUGAGGGUUAUAAUAUGUUUGGUACUAAUAUGGUGAGGUGUAUGAUCAAUGGAAAAUGGUCAAGAAUGCAAGGAAAGUGUAUCAAAAAAUCAUGCAGAAAACCUAAUGUGAAAGAAGAUACAGAAAUCGUGGGUAAAUCAUAUUUAUAUGGAGACACAGUUAAAAUAACUUGCCAAAAUGGUGUUACCUAUAAAUUGGUUUGCAAUAAAAAAGGAAUAUGGGAAGGCGUGAGAGAUGAGAGCUGUUAAAAAAUAGAAUCUACAUCUCGCUCUUGAAAAAAUGAAGUUUAAAUUUCUUGAAUGAAUCUAACAUUCCCGAAAUCGGUAAUGAGAUUGUCGUGUUGUAUACUUCCUUAUAUAUUAAUCCUUAUAUAGAUGUAAUAAUUAAAUUUUAUAUGUUGUAAGUAAUCGC